AACAUUGGCCUUAUCGGCUUCCGUACGAUGUCGUGGCGUUUCUUAUCUUGCUGAAUUAGUGUUAGCUUCCCAGCUACCAACAAAAAUAGCUACUGCUGCUCGGAUAAAAAUCAUUAGCUAUCACCUUAAAGUUAGGAUAUUUUUUAUAGAAUAAAUCAAAAUGAGACGCGCAGGUUUGGGUAAGAUUCUGUUUUAUUCCAUCGUUUUAAAUGGAGAACGCUCAUUCAGACUAGUUAGCAGGCUGGCUAGCUCACGUAUGUAUAAAGAACGGGCUAGCUAGCUACCACACUUACUGACCAACUUGUUUUGUUAAUUGUCAUCAGGAUAGUUUUAUAGCUAACUAGUGAACUGUCAUUUACCUACCUACCUAGCUAGCUAACUAGCUACAGUUCUUGCGUAAGCGUGUGAACGUACUUACUUAGUUAACACAGUUACCGACACUGAUGCUACCUGACUGGCCUUCAUAGGUAGCUAGCUGUUUCUCGUUUAUUUAUUUAGCUAAAGUUAGAUAGCUAAUCGUUUUCUACCCAGUCAGCACAAUGGUUUUGUACAUCAUGUCAAACAGGCGAAGGAGUACCUGGAAAUUAUGUGGCCAGCGGGUACAGCGCGUAUGAAGAGGAAAAUGAGCACUUACAAGAGGGUCUGAGAGCCAAAGUCAGCGCCUUGAAACAUGUAAGUAUGUCAAUGUGUGUAGGGCUCCAUGAAAUUAUAUAAUAUGGGGUUCAGAGGUCUGGCUAUUAUCUCAUAUUGUUAUCAAGUCCUCUGAUUAACCUAUUUCAUGUUUGUCCUACAGCUGUCAAUAGAUAUUGGAACCGAAGUGAAGUACCAGAACAAAAUGUUGGAUGAUAUGGUAAGGAAGUGACAGUCAUGAUUGUCUGUCUACUCUACAUAAGUACACAACAGCUCAAGAAACAUUCACACACAUCUCACUUUAUCUAUACCCUCUUCUACCAGAUUACACACAUGUAAAAUAAGAUGAGUUGGCAGCUAUAACAUUUCACGAUAUCGCACAACAGAUUGGCUAUUUCACAGAGCAGUUCAUAUCAGGACGGCAAAACAUGUCACUGGAUUUAUUGGUUUGUUAUUUUCCUCCUAACAGGACUCAGACUUUGACUCAACGGGCGGUUUGCUGGGGGCCACCAUAGGGAGAGUGAAGCGGCUUUCCAGGGGAAGCCAGACUAAGCUCCUGUGCUACAUGCUGCUCUUCUGCCUCUUCGUCUUCACCCUCCUCUACUGGUUUAUCAAACUGAGGUGAUACGUUACAGGAGGCCCCGGCUUUUCCCUCCAUGCCUCUCGUGUCUCCUUUCCCUGUCGGUGCCGUAAGUCCGCCUCUGGAUCAGAAGACCAUGACGAUGAUCAUAAUGACAAGGAGACUGUUAGAAUGUGCUUAGUGGUUGAGAAGACGACUCCCCCCAAAUCAUCAAUGACAAUGUACAAUAGGGGGUAAUAAUGUAUGGCUGUCAUUCAUUUUAGACAGCCCUGAUGGAAUGAGUAGACACCGCCAUAAGUUUACGAUUGCAACGAUUGUCCAUUUAACGAUGAUGCAUAUUAUAGGUACAUUUGUAACGGAGUGAUCUAUUUCAUAAAAUAUCUGGUAAGGCUAAGCAGUAACAUACAGUGGGUAUAGAAAGUCACCACCCCAUUUCAAAAUGUUCACC